CAACUGCAAUGCGUGGGCGUAUCUUAAUAAACGUUAUUAAAAACGCAAUACAAUCAACAUCUACCUGUAUCUGCACCAGACACCUCUCGCAGCAAGCGAAAUUAAUCAAGUAUCAUUUUAAUGCGUUAUUGCCGAAUGGAAUUAAUCUGGCGGAAUCAAAUAACGAUUUUCAUGCGUUGUAUCCAACACUCUUUAAUGACCUGAAGGAUUCGUAUGGUUCAGACUACAAUGAAGUAUUUGAGCGUUUUGAUUUCGCCACGAGGUACAACAUACUAAAUAGAAAUUAUAGACUAUGCUUCCCCAUAAUAAACGUAUACGCAUUACUGAUACCAGAUGGGAGAGACACAACUGAAAAUCGUAUGUUGGCUCACGUACUGGACUGGUGCAUGGAAUUUCUUGCUUCGGGAUGUUUAUUGCAAGAUGACAUGGUGGACCAAUCUGACACGCGUUGGAGAAAACCGUGUUGGUAUCAAAUUGACAGCAUUGGCAAAACCGCUAUGUGUGACACAAAAAUGAUGGAGAUGGCCACUUACAUGCUCUUAAAGAAAUAUUUUUCAAAAUUUCCCUACUACAAGCAGAUUUUGAAUAUAUUUACGGAAACGUACUUUUUAACAGCAUUGGGACAAUCGCAAGACAUUAACAUGUCCGCAAAUUAUCAAGAACGUCGCAAACUAAGAAUCCUAACGCAUCACGCUUUCUAUUCCCAAUACUACUAUAAAACUUACUUCUUUACCUGCCGAAUGUCAGUAUAUCUCGGUAUGUAUGUUACUGGUCGAAAUUAUUCCGAAUAUCACGAUGUAAUCGAUAAUCUGAUUGAACGAAUGGCAGACGUGCAACAAGUCCAGAAUGACGCGUGGGAUUGCUUUGGAAGCAGCAAGAAGUACGGUAAAGUGGGAAAUGAUAUACGUAACGGAAAGGCGACGUGGUUAAUUGCAACCGCUCAGAAAUUGGCGGAUACCCGCCAAUUGCGACUAUUGAAAGAAAAUUAUGGUCAAGGAAAUUUAAAGUCUUUCGAAAUUGUUCGAAAAAUUUAUGAUGAAUUAGAUAUACUGGGUCAUUAUAAAGCGUACAAAACUGAUGAAAUUGCUAAACUACAUAGGGAUAUUGACCAAAUUUCCGCUGAUCCUCUCAAACAGGUUAUGUAUCAGUGUAUCGACAUAUACGAUGUGAGAGAUCAGAUCGUCUUGGAUGGCGAUGAUCCUAAAGUUAAAACAGACUUACAUACUUUUACAUAAGCUAAUUACACUCAUUUUCACAAACAAUUUUUAAAUCACACACUCGGCCUUUCCAAACUAUACAUAAGAGUCAGUAGAUAUACUAGUAUCAAACCUAGACCAGUUCAAGGUCGUUAGCCACCUGGUGGUCACAUUUUUUAUUUUACUUACAUAGUCAAUGUCACCAUUUUUGUAAUAUAAUUUAUUAUUUUCAAGGCCCCAUUUUUUGUGAUGUCGUAUUUCAUUUGCAAGGUUAUUUUUUAUAUAUAAUAUUCUAUGGGGAAGGUCAUCAGAGGUUAAUUUUUUUAAUGUCAUAUUUCAGUUUCAAGGCUAUCAGAGAUCAUUGAUCGGAUUUUUACGGCGUCGCAUUUCAUUUCCAAAGUUAUCUGAGGUCAAUGACUUCAUUUGUGUGGUGUCAUGUUUUAUUUUCAAGGUUAUCAAAGUUCAAUGACCUCCGUUACUUUGCGGUGCCAUAUUUCAUUUUCAAGAUUAUCAGAGGGCAAUGACUUCAUGUUUUGAGGUGUCAAAUUUUACAUUCAAGAUCAUUUCAGGUCAAUUACCCCAUUUGAUCGUUAAAUAAAUUACAGGUAAGUUCAAGUUCACUGCAAUUUAAAGCGCGCCUGUCUACAUUUAUAAUCCAAUCAGUCGGCGCCUUACUUUUACUAAAGAUGGAUUUCUCCGAUUUAAAUCGUAAUUCAUUGUGCAAACCGUUUAAAAAUCUUAGUGAACUUGAAAUAUCCAAAAAGUAAGUAAGUUCCAAGGUCACCGCCACGUUCCAGGCGACUUUCACAUUCACGUACUUUCCAAAGUCAUCACCAGGUGGCGAGCGAACUUGAUCUGGUCCAGGACUCUCAAUUUACUGGUGUUGUAACGGUUGUAAACCCUUGAUAAAAAACGAUGUAGGUCGCAUUUCGAUUUUAUUACAGCGAAUUUGACUGACGCAAAUACUACGAUGACGUACCUUUAAAAACUCUAGUCAAGACCACAGAAAAUCUCCAUUCUUCUUUCCAAGCGUCCUUUUAUAAACAAGCAUUCACGCGAAUAAUUCCCACUUCCUUUUUAAAGAUGCAAAUUGUGUAAUACUUCUAAAACACGUGUCUUUUUCCAUAAACAAGAUGCACAAAGUGUUUUUUUGGGAAUUAAGUGCCAUGGAGAUCAUCGUCAGAACCAGCAAUUAACAAAAUUGUGUUGUCGGAUUAACAUGCAAUUUGUUUCGGUUAGUUUUAAUUUUCAAAACAAUAACAUGAAAAUCAAUAGUUGAAUUAUUCACAAUUACAUGUUUCCUUGUUGAAGAGGUGACCAAAAAUGAUUUUUGUUAUAAUGAUAUGUAGGCAAAUUAUUAAUUUGUGCUAUGACUUCUUGCUUGUGCGAUGUUCAUAGCAAUGUCUUAUGUCUUCAUAACCCCCUCCCCCUCCAAACUCCACAUAUUUAUGCAAGUGUAGAUACAUGUCGAUCUGGUUGAUAAGAUUGUUGGAUACCGAUGAUACAAUUGACAUUGCAUGUGGUUCGAUUUUUGAAGCUAGUCUUUUAUAACACUGACAUUUUAAACCGUUUCUAAGAUUCACUUAAACUCGUUUUUUAAGUUAUCUAUAAAAUUCAUUGUUUCUUAUCAUGCACGUCGUCAAUGGUAACGCCCUUUAUACACUACUUAAAGUACGUUGGUUAAAUUUUGUACCUAAUUUUGUUGAUUCUAUUACCAUGGUUAGGUACUACCUACGCCAGUUUUGAGAGACAUUUUUCUGUCACUAUAAAAUAUUAAUAAUAAAGGAAUUCAGAUCAAAUAAGCUUCAAUGUUAUAAACAAUCUUGAAGAUAGCACGGGGUUUUAUAGUUUAAAGGACUCUACCCAUUAAAACCUCGCCCGCUUUGGGCGCUCGGAUUCAAAAUGGGCAUCGUCUUUUAAAGUACUUAUAAAACACCUAGUUAUCUUAAUAAUAGCUAUAGUACUUUUGUAUUAAGCUCGUCAGAGCAUAAAAAUAUGAUAUAACGCAAGUUAGAUUAAAUUGUAAAAUACAUGUAACGUAAUAAACAGAACAAAUAUAUGAAAAUAUUACAGUCAAUUCAAUUUACGCUAGUUCGCACGCAAUCGGUAGGCUUUAAAUUAAACGAUAUGAUUAGUUAAAUCUAAACAAGAGAUUUAAUUAAGUACAAAAUAAUAUAGAUUCACUUUAAAAACGUACGCGAGUACAGUGAACAUUACUUAAAUAUCCCCCUAAAUCGUGCUGUUACCUUAUAUAAACGUCCCAAAAGAUGGUCGACAAGCUUAUUUGAUUGUUUACAUCCAAAAAUUAAAUCUUUUCUAUCUAAUUGUACGGCCUGUGAUAAAUAUAAAAAUCAGUAAUUGGUAUUUAAAAUCGAUUUAAUCGGGUGCACUUUUCUGCAACUCAUUUAAUUAGCUACUGUUAAUUACACUUACUUCAUUUUCCGAGUUAAAAUUUCAAAAUUCGGUGGUCCCGUAAUGCCUAUUGUUGCUUAGAAUUUCGAGUCAAUCGCAAUAGAUGUCUGUUACCUACGUAAACUGCACGCGACUUUGCUUGCUUUUAAUGCUGGUUUUGAACGAACAUAGAGAAACUAUAAUCGCUUAUAAAUGGAUGACGAGAACUGAACUCAUACAGGGUGACCAUUUGAAAACGAAACAGAGCCUAUUUUGGGAACCUCAAAACAUUUACGAAAAAAUCCUCGGACCCGUCAAUUUUUGAUUCAAGGGGGAACCGUUCUUUUGCUAGUUUCGCCCCCCUAAGCGCAAAACCCUAGCGGGGGUGACGAUCGCCCCCAAAAUUUUAAAUCGAAUGGGGGGUCGAGUAAUACCUUAUUUUGAAGGUAUUUGUAUGUGGAUUAUAAUCUUUGAGUUUUAAAUCGCUACUAAUGUGCCUAGCCGAUACAGGGGCUAAAAAAGUUACAA